AUGCCAUUCUUAAGUAAUUAUCCCAUGAAGACUUAAUUACUAACAUACUCUACUAUCUUUAUUAUUGUAGUUUCAGUUUUAACAUAUCUAACAGGUUAUGUUGGAGGUCAAUAUAUAAUUCAAGAUUUUUUGAGCUAAUCUGAUAUAAUCUAUUAGAGACUUAAUUCAAAUAAAUCUAGCCUUACAAACUAUUAUUUAAAGUAUUUUAAUUCGUAUUUUGAAAUAAGUAAUUUCAAUUAUCACUAUAUAGACUCUAAUCCACUUAUUAUCCUAAAUAAAUUAUAUCUGAAUUAUUUUGGUAAUUUAAUAGCAGCAUCUGAAAUAAAUAUAAAUAAUUAUGGAGGAAUCAAAACACUACCUUCAGUUUUAGAGGAUAAAAAAAAUAAGAAAUUUUCAAAUUCAAUAUUUUGUUAUGCAUUUAAGCAAGAAUUUUAAACAUAAAAUACUGAAUCGAUUAAAGAAGUGAUUUUUGCUGAUUUUCUUGGACCUCUUGGAUAAAUUAUUCAUUCAUAAUUCGAUUAAAAUAAGCCAUUGCUAUAUGGUUAUAUAACAAAAAGUCCAAAGAUACUAUAUUCAUAUCCAUGUUAUUCAUAUGGUGAAUCUUUCGAAGAUUAUUUACCAGAAACAAGACCAUGGUUUAAAUUAGCAUAAAAUGCAUCAGAAAAAAUAAUAGCAAAUUUAGAGUAUGAAUAUUUAGUUUCAGAUCCAUAUUUAUGUAAUAAGCUAUAAAAUAUCAAAGUUAAUUAAGCUAAAUAGAUUGGAAUUACUUUAUCUUUGCCAGUAAUUGAUAAUCAAUUGAAGUUUAGGGGAGCUUGGUGUAUGGAUAUUUUUCCUGAGUAUCUAAUCUUUAUGACAGAGAAAAUGACAUCACAAUUUAAAAGCAUGAACAUUAUUAUUUUGAGCACAGAUGGAAUGAUUAUAAAAGAUGAUGAUAGCAAACUUUCAUAUCCAGUUUACUUUUAUAAUGAAAGCAUAACUGGAUUUAAUUUAUAAUAGUGGCAAACAUUAAAAGAAACUGAUUUUGAAGAAUAUCAAUUUGAUAAUACUUUAGAAGAGACUCAAAAUAGUAUUAUUAAAUUUUAUUUGAAAAAACAAUAGCUGUACAUAUUAUUGUAUUUUAAUAAUUAUAUUUAGAUUAGUUUAAUAGAUUCUAAUGAAUAUAUUCACUAUCUUAUGGAUUAUAAAAAUUAAUAGGAAUAUAAAAUAAAUGAUUUUUUACAAUUAACAUUGAUACUUUUGUUAAUGAGUUUUUGUGUUUUGAUAUUGAUGGCAUAUUUGAUAAUAACAUUUUUCAUAAUGAAACCAAUAGAAGAGAUAAUUUGGUUUUUUUAAAUGAGAGAGAGUAAAUCUUUGAAGUAGAAAUAUCAACAGAUGUUAAAGACAAGAUUUAGAUAUAGAAAUCAUAAUUAUAUAAGUCCAACAAUAAGAAAGUUGUAGGAAGCAGCAUAUAGAUUAAAUUAUUGGAAUUUUAAAAAAUAGAAACAAAAAAAUACGUAAUGUAAUUUGUUAUAAUUGUUCUAAUUUCCUAAAAAUUCACAUCGUAAUAAGAUAUGUUUGAAGAGAUUUAAAUUGUAGGAUAAACACAAAGAUUUGGAAUAAUGGGAAUUUUUAAAAUUAAUAAGACAAGAUAGUGAUUAUAGCUGAUUUGUUUUACUGCGAUAUUAAUUAAUAAUAAUUAUAUUUAAUGAACAGAGACUUAGAGAUGGCUAGAUAAGCCUAUAUGGGAAAGAAUGUAGAGAUGACAAAGUAAGCCCAUAACUAUAAUCCUUCUGAAUAAUUAUAUACUGAUAAUAGAGUGAAUGAGAAUGACCCAUUAUAAAAAUUAGGUAUUUUGAAGUUAUAGAACAUUCUAUAGAUUCUCAUUAAGAAAAGCAUUCGACAGGUGGUAAUUAUCUAAGAAGUUCUGUUUUUGGUGGCAUGGAUGGUAUGAUGACAACGUUUUCUGUGGUUACUGCUGUAAUAGGAGUAUAUAAUUAUUCUAAAAACAGGGAAAUUUUGGAGUGCAAGCAGUAUUAGCAUUAGGAGUAGCAAAUAUGAUUGGAGAUGGAUUAUCAAUGGCUUUGGGAGAUUAUUUAUCUACUAAAUCAGAAUAAUAGUUUUUUAAAUAGGAAAGAGAAAGAGAGAAAUGGGAAGUUGAAAAUAAUUUAGAAGGAGAAAAAAAAGAAAUGAUUGAAUUGUAUAAGGUAAAAUUAAAUUGCUAUUGAAAUAUUAGAAAAAAGGAAUGGAAUAGGAAGAUGCUGAAAAAAUUAUGAAUAUUAUUAGCAGACAUAAAGAUGCCUUUAUUGAUAUUAUGAUGUUAGAAGAAUUAGAAUUAGGUGGUGCUGAAGAAAAUCCAUUUAUGAAUGCUUUAGUAACAUUUGUUGCCUUUAUAUUAUUUGGAUUAGUCCCAAGUAAGAUUUCACCAUUAUUAUUUUUAUUAUAGUUAUUCCAUUCAUUGUUGCAGCUAUUGCAGGAUUGACUGAUGGCACAACUGAUACUUUGUUUUAUAUAUCAAUUGCAAUGACUGCUUCAUUCUUAAUUAUUUUAGGAGUUAGUAAAUCAUUUUUCUCAUAUGCUCCAUGGUGGAGAUGUGCUGCUGAAACUCUAUUUGUAGGAGCUUGCACUGCUGGCUCAAGUUAUUUAAUUGGUAUGGCUUUUGAAGGAUAAGAAAUUGGUUGA